ACGCUCCCUGAUCGCAACUUUUAACUUCCGGUUCCGCCACGCGAAAAGAAAAUGGGAAAAGUUAAAAAAGCAAAAAUGACCCGACCUGGUGGGCUUUCUCUUGCAGAUCAGGUAUUGGAUGACAACAAUGUAAAACAAUCUAGCAGAACAAAGAUCAGAAGAAAGGAAGAAAAAGAUGACGAGUAUGUAGAUGAUAAACUGUCAAGAAAGAUUUUGGAUCAAGAGAAACAGCAAGAAGAGUUAGAAGAGGAACAUGGGGCAACCAGCACCGCAGCAAAGAAGCCUCAACAAAUACAGUUGGGCAGGGCUAGACUUAAGGGGGUGGAGUCAGAUGAGGAGGAAUCUGAUGAGGAGGAGGAGCAUGAAGAAUUUUAUGAACAGAUUGAAGUAAAUGACGAGGACGAAGAGGCCCUGGCAAAGUUCAUGUCCCAUAAUCCUCCAGCUAGACGCACACUGGCCGAUAUCAUACAGGAAAAACUUACCGAGAAGAAAACAGAAAUUCAGAGCCAAAUGACAGAUAAUGCCAGUGUACAGUUAGAUCAGCUGGAUGAAAGAUUGGUCAAUAUGUACAAAAGUAUCAGGCAGAUUCUACAAAGAUAUCGUAGUGGAAAGUUACCUAAGGCUUUCAAAGUGAUACCUUCCCUUAGAAACUGGGAACAGAUAUUAUAUCUAACAGAGCCAGAGACCUGGUCUGCAGCAGCUAUGUACCAGGCAACCAGAAUAUUUACUUCUAAUCUCAAUGCCAAAAUGGCUCAAAGAUUUUUUAACUUGGUUUUGUUACCUAGGAUAAGAGAUGACAUAUCUGAGUACAAGAGAUUAAACUUUCAUUUAUACCAGGCACUUAAAAAGGCUUUAUUCAAACCAGCGGCUUUCUUCAAAGGAAUUUUAUUGCCACUUUGUGAGGCAGGCAAUUGCACGUUACGGGAAGCUGUGAUAAUUUCGAGUAUUCUAAUGAAGAACUCAAUCCCGAUGUUACACUCGGCGGCGGCCAUGUUGAAAAUUGCCGAAAUGGACUAUAAUGGCGCUAACAGUAUAUUUAUUAGAGCACUGUGCGAUAAGAAGUACGCUUUGCCGUACAGAGUUGUUGAUGCUUUGGUGUUCCAUUUUAUAAGGUUUACAACAGACAAGAGAGAGCUGCCUGUAUUAUGGCAUCAAAGUAUGUUAACCUUUGUACAAAGAUACAAAGAAGAUAUCUCUAGUGAGCAGAAAGAGGCAAUGAUGGAACUUUUACGUGUACAUUCUCACGAACUUAUCACUGCUGAGGUCAGAAGAGAAUUGGCGCAUUCGAAAUGUCGGGAUUUAGAAGUGGGGGAUGAGGGAGGGACAAGAAUGUAUGUGGGCGACUGAUUGACAAUUUUUUAAUUUGACUGUUUGAAAAAUAAGAAGAGCUGUCGAACUCACCUAGGUGCAGGCGUCACACUUAGGUUAAGUUUCUGCUUGCAAGUUUUUAUCUUGGAACUAAUGAAGGGAAUGGGUUGAAACGUAACACUUUUAUUUGAGAGCAUUAUAGGAGGUGACUUUUAAGUCCCAUAAUUCUCUUGUGAAUUAUGACAGAAUUAUUUUUUUUCAAACUUUUAAAUUUUACAUUAUCCAAGCUCUUGUUGUACUUUCAAGCACUGAUAAUAGUUGAGCAUGCUCUUGUUUAACCAUUGUUAACCAGGUUUUCCGAAGGAA